AGCGUUUCUAAGCAAUCAUCCUCAUUCCAAAUUAAACCAGUGUUUUUGCAAUUCCAUCACAUGGCGAACAACAAGACAGCAUUUGCGAAGGCGAGUUGCAUGGCUCUGAUGGUGUGCAUCGCGGCCGCCUUGGGUGCACCGUUUCUAGGAGCCAUGGCUGAAUUCACAUGCUGCGAGAUAAAACCUGUAAUUGCAGCAUGCGGAAGUUACGUGAAAACAGGUGGAAAUAACAUCCCAAUGGAAUGCUGCAUGGCGGUUAGAAACCUAAGGGACAUUGUCAGGAGAUCUAUGCAUACUCAGUAUCUAGCUUGUCUUUGCCUUCAAGAUGUUGUUAAGCAACACCAUCAUACUAUUAACACUACUGCGUAUGAAAACCUUCCUUACAGCUGCGGCGUUGCCUUGCCCUACCAUUUCACUCACGACAUGGAUUGCAACAUCAUAAGGUAAGCAGAAGCUUGAGGGUUUACGCAUGAAGUUGUACGGAUGUUACCACGUUUGCCGAUUAAUUUUUUAAUAGAUUGAAAAAAGGGUGCGCUAUGCCAGUAUGCCACAGAAGAUGUAGAGUUUGAUAUUAACUUGUAUUGUACCCGGUGUAAUAUACAAUUUUAUUUUUUUUAUUAUCCAUGGAAAAUUCCAAUAUUUUGUUAACAACUUUUGUACAACUUGUUUUAAGGAAAACGGUUCAAUACAGUUUAUAUAUGUUUUUGGU